AUGGCACUUAUGAACGAUACCACCGUGCCCACGGAGGGCAGGCCGCCUGAGGACUUCGUCUUCAGCAGGGCGGCUAUGAUCGCCCUGACCGUGGUCAUCUCCGUGGUGUCAGCCGUGGGAAUACUGGGCAACGCCAUGGUCAUGUUCAUCGUGUUCCGCUACAGGGACAUGCACACUGUCAUCAACUACUCGUUUGCUAAUCUAGCUCUGACUGACCUGACCUUGUUGCUAUUGGAUGGCGUACCUACCGCGGCAGAUACCAUGGAAACCAACCUUUCGGCAAAACUUGGAUGCAAUGUUCCUAUCUAUCUACAAUAUGAGGAAAACUCGGAGGAAAUGUAG